AUGGCCAAACACCUCAUGGAUCGAGUGGGCUUUUCGGCCGUCAUGCCCAGCAGAAGUGCCUCCAUCUUCAUCAACAACACGCAGCUGUCUGACACCGGGACGUACCAGUGCCUGGUCAACAACUUCCCUGAUGGAGGAGGCCGCAACAUUGGAGUUGUUGGACUCACUGUCCUGGUCCCCCCCUCGGCGCCGGCGUGUGGGAUUCAGGGCAGCCUGGACGUGGGCAGUGACAUCACAUUGUUCUGCAGCUCAGACGAAGGCAUCCCCACUCCCUCCUACUCCUGGGAGAGGGUGGACACACUGCCCAAACUGCCCCACAACGCCAUGCAAGACCAGAUGCAGGGAACCGUGACUCUGAGAAAUAUCAGCACCAGCACCUCAGGGCAGUACCAGUGCAUCUCCAGCAACACCAUCGGCAAAAGUACCUGUGUGCUCAACGUGCAGGUCGUGGCCCCUCAGCCUCAGAGUGUGGGUCUAAUCGCAGGAACCAUUGCUACUGGGAUCCUGGCCAUCAUCAUCUGUGCUCUGUUAGUGGUGGUCACAUUGUUUUACUGGAGAAACAAGAACAAAUAUGAAGAGGAUGAGAUUCCCAAUGAAAUCAGAGAGGACGACCUGCCUCCAAAGAGGUCUUCUUCAGUGAAGGCGUUUCACGCUGACGCUUCAUCCUCUGAAAACGACACUCUAACUUCCACCAACACCUACAACAGCCGCUACUGGCACAACCCUAAACCCAACUAUGACACCAACUCAUACACACGCUACAACGGAGACACAAGGCAGACUUUCUCCACCGCCACGGCUGCCACGGCAACACACGAGCCGCAUGCCCAUGGGACAAAUUCCCACGGGACACAUGCAGGACACGGGACACAUGCAGGACACGGGACACAUGCAGGACACGGGACACAUGUUGGACACGGGACACAUGCAGCACACGGGACACAUGGAGCUAAUGCAGGACAUGGAACUCAUGCUGGACAUGGGGGCCACGGGACGCAUCCUGGACACGGGACACACGGGGCACAUGGACAUGGAGCUCAUCACGGGGCUCAUGGAGCGACUCAGAGUGCAGCACACAGCCACAGCUCUGCAGCGGCUGCCCCUGGCUCAGCGCCUCUGUCCCGACACGCACAGCCCACUCAGAGCUCCACAGCCUUUGCGAACGGUAGCCACACGCUGCCGCCGCCUAAGACCCUGGUGGUCACCACAAACUCUGCCCCCUCCCCUCCUGCCAUCCGUAGUAACGGCUCUGUGAGCCUGAAGCCUGCGGUCACGUCCACACAUGGGCAGCACACGCACUCGUACGCUGUGAGCCAGGCCACACUGGAGCGCAUGGGGGCAGUGCCAGUCAUGGUGCCCGCGCAGAGCAGAGCAGGCUCCCUGGUCUGA